AUGCUAUCGUCUGCCAAGUCCAUGGACGACGAGGCCGUGCGAUUAGCGGUUCUACGCGACCCAAAGCGUAUGGCUUCACUGCUUGUACGUGCUUUCUCGUCCUCGAUGGUAGAAAGUUCCGUAAAUGGCGUGAGAACGAGACGACGUGAAGAAGAAGAAGAAGAAGACGAGGAAGUGGAAGAGACACAAGAAGAGUUUCAAGAGCUUGAGAGACGAUUCAGUACGGAAACAACAGUAGAAAUGGCACCUUUACGUGUGAUGAUCCAUUCUGUCACUGAGGAGGACGAUGAUGACGAUGCAGAAGAAGAGGAAGAGGAAGAAGACGAAGAGAGUAUUGAGAAACCAUUGGACGAGGAGGAUCUGGAGGCUGCAGCAAUGGCGUUACUAACGGCCAUACGUGUCGUGAAUGAUCUUCGACUUAAGAAGUUGCUGAAGGUGAGACAGCAAAUGGACCGGCAGCGACAGGACCAUGUUAAUGACAACGAACAGUCUUCAUUAUCUUCAAAUGGGAUGACUCUGCCGCUCAAGUCGCGGUCAGAAAGUGUUUUUACGAGCACUGGAGCACCAGGUUUACCCGUGCCACGUGCACGUGUACGAUGUAAUUCAUCUUGCAGCGGGUGUGGGAAAUCAUUUCAUCCGUUCCAUCGCAGUAAAAAUUGUGCGGCCUGUGGAUUUGCAUUCUGUCCUAAGUGCUCGUCGAAACACUUGGUAUUGCCGACUUGUUUUGGGUAUCGUGAUGAAUCGGUACGUGCAUGUGAUUUAUGUGCGCGUUGGUUCCAGAAAGCAAUGGACUGCUACUUUGAUGCAAUGGAGCUGACCAUAAGCCACGAUAAAGGGGAUGAUGUGGUUUGUCGUGGCAACCAGGGAGACAUUACUUUUGAAGGAAAACAGCAAGUUUUGUCCAGCUUCAGUAGUAGCACAGCACCAGUGUCAAACAGAAGCGACGGAACACUGUCGUUGCUGAGGCGUACUCGCUUGUCUACUUCAUCCGUUGAGCCCAUUCCUAAUAGCUCCAAUGAUGAUGCUGCGAAUGGAAAUGGAGAAAAUGAUGAAAGCUACGUUACCUCAAGUUCCUCAAAGUCGGCGAGGCGACGUCGUAGGCGCUCGUCAAUGUCUUCUGCGCCAUCACCAUUGAUGAGUAAGAGGAAGCCUUGGUUUAGUGGCCAUCUACGCGCGAUCCACGUGAAUGAUCGAUUACCGCGAAAAAAGAAAGCAAGAGACGAAAGCGAGAGUGACGUUGAAAGCAACAGUCCGGAUCUACAAUCCGUACAAACGAGUAGCGUUGAAUCGCCAUCCAAGAGUAAACACAUGAACGAGGAAGUUGAUGACAGACCUAGUGUACAGCAAGAAGAGGGUACGAAAAGGAUUCGGAUACACGCCGAAGUUUCGACUUGUAAGUCGACUUUGAACGCUUUGGUGGCUCGAAGCGGUAUUUGUUCUGAAAGCGACGAUUCAGCUCUUCUGCAAAGAAAAGAUCGACGCUCCAAGUUUUCGCGAUCGGCUAGCUUUGAUUUUGCGAAUCUGCACUCGGGUCCAUCUCCAAACUCAUUGUAUGAUUCUCCGGGUAUGAGGCGCUGUAAUACAUCUAGCCCGAAUGAAAUAGGACUUCGUGCUGUCGAGGUUACCAGCAAUGGGAGUGUUCGUUCUAAUAGCAUACGGCCAAAAAAGGCCUUUGACGACAGCGACAUUGUGGAUGCACGUGCUCAGCCUGACUCAGCGAUAGUGAAGAUGAAAACUGAAGUGAAGCUUGCUGCAGCAGUAUUGCGCUUCGCUGUUUACGAAAUGGGUGAGAAAGAAGGCACGAGUUUACGCCGCACAUUUGGCUUUUCUAAAGCAAAUCCAGUGCUGGACAGGUAUACUUUGGAGCUUGACUGCCGCCAACGGAUUGUACGAGCAAAAUCAGUGUUCAUGCACCGCUUUUGGUCAUUCCAUUGUGACUCCGUCGAAUCUUUUGUUUUUGGGUCGUCGGAAGGGAUGGCUCGCCUAAUCGUAUCUAAUGGUGGCCAAGGGAACCAAUCCCUCGAGCUAAAAUUUGCGAAUGAUGAUGAAAGAGAGCAGUUCAAACAAGCAAUGAAUAGGUGUCGGUCCACCAAUUUAGAUCGAAUGCGUGAAUUUGCCUUGCGGGCUGCCAUGUCAAUCCCUGCGCGGACAGAGCUUCCAAAAUCAUCUAUUCCAGAUAAUUUGCGUUUGCCAACGCUUGAAGAACCGACCACUACCUUAUCAAGAAAUUCAUUAACGUCGAUUGAGUCCGACUUGUUACUUACACAUGACACUGGUGGUAGCAAUGGAAUCGAUUGUCCAAUCCCGCAGUCGAUGUGUGUGCCACUCUUGCCUGGAGAGAAAGUAGUAAAAGACACCGAGCUUCAAGCGACCUUGCUGAUCGGCCCUGUUAGCGAAACGUAUGAGUCCACCCUCGUUUGGGGACGUUUGCGCGGUAAGGUAGCAGUAACGAAUUAUCGCGUGAUUUUUCUACCAUUCGAUUGUGUGCAGGCCGAGUCGCGAUGUGGGGGACAAGGUGGCAUCGCGUAUAUCCCGCUGUUUGCAAUCACGCAGGUCCAGAUUUUGUAUCCUGGUGGUCGCCGGACGAAAGCUGGCCGCACAAACUACGCAGGGAUGGCCGGCUCUGCGUCUAUCAUCUCGAUCACUUGCAAGGACAUCCGUGUGAUGCGAUUCCAACUAGACACUCCCUCCUCCACAUCGGAUGACAAUGCACAUAAACUACGCACGACGAUCGCAGAACUAGCGGACGGUUCUCAGCGAUAUUCAAUUGUUGAGCGGGAUGGUCCCACAAAGACUGCAUCUCCCUGGUUCAGUUCUUUACCAAGCAUCACUGACGGUGGCGAUACACCACCAGAACGAGGUGCUGAUGUUGAAGCGACGUUACAUGUCAACAGAGAGCCCGCCUUCUAUACAUCACCUGGUGGGUUACGGAACCCAGCCCACACUGCAUCACCGGUGCUUCGUCCUGAUCGGAUGUUGUCGCUUCCCCUUGAGGUUAGCGGCUCAUUUGCCUUUUCGUACUCUAUUGGCAAUAUCCCUACCGAUCAGAAUGGUUGGAAUGUAUUUGUUGACGAGCGAGAGUUCAAGCGACAAAUUGGUGGUGAUCCCGCUGUUUCACCGUUUCUUAAGUAUUACAAGAACGACAGAGGCAACAUUUGCAAGUCGUAUCCAUCCAAAUUACUCCUUCCAUCCUCCAUGACUUCCGCGAUGUUGGCUAACGUAGCUAAUUUUCGUGCGAAGAACCGACUGCCUGUGAUUACGUACUACCAUCGCCGGAACAGGUGUGUUCUGACUCGCUCUAGCCAGCCCCUUCUCGGCAGUUUGCUGUCUGGAACCUCAAAUGUCUCCGAUCAGCUGCUUUUGGGAGUUUAUCGCCGUCUUCCGGAUAUAAUCAAAAACCAAUCGCAGUCAUCGACAUCGUCUCGGCCGAUCUAUAUAUUUGAUGCUCGAAAGCCAAAGGCCUCAACAGGAAAUCGACUCAUGGGUAAAGGAGGUGUCGAAACUCCUCAAGAUUACCCAGGUGCUGUUAUCCACCACCUGAAUAUUUCCAAUAUGUAUCGAAUGCAGUCGUCGUUGAUGGGACUUAUGAAGCUGUUUCUUCCUGGUGGUUUCGAGGACAGCGAUCGUACAUGGCUAUCCAGUGUGGAGUCCACAAGGUGGCUGGAUCAUGUGCGUUUGGUUCUAGAUGGCGCAUUAAAGAUUGCGCGCGUGUUGGAACUAGAAGGAGCAUCUGCGCUUGUGCAUUGCAGUGAUGGUUGGGACCGAACACCCCAAUUGUGUGCUCUAGCGCAGCUGAUGAUUGAUCCCUAUUACCGAACUAUUCAAGGCAUCAUGUGCCUGAUUGAGAAGGAUUGGUGUGCAUUUGGCCAUAAAUUCAGUGAGAGAACUGGAGGAGACCGUAAUCGCGACCCACAGCGGAACAAAUCGUCGCCCGUCAUGUUUCAGUUUAUCGACGCCGUGUGGCAGAUGCAACGUCAAUAUCCUCGUUCAUUCGAGUUUAACGAGCGCUUUUUAUUGCACUUGGCGAACGCGAUGACCUCGGGACUUUAUGGAACAUUCCUGUACGACUCGCGGCUUCAGCGAGAAGUGAAUGAAGUGAAGUAUAAUACGGUGUCAGUAUGGACACCGGUGCUGAUGACGCCGUCUCUGUACUCAAACAGCAACUACGAGCUGUAUAACGGACCCAUCUGGCCCUGGGUGAGCUGUAAAAUGAUUCAUCUGUGGGAGAGCUACUUUUUCCAGUGGCACCCCAAGUUUUACAAGUGCCAAUGGGCAUCCAGUUUGGUUCACCAUGGCCCACCUAGAUCAGAUGACGAUACAACUAGUGAGACGGAUAUCCAUGACCACAAUAACGAGGAAGUCCAUCUGCAUGGAACCCCGCAUCGAAGAGCUUUAUAUGGCAACGAUCCGCCAGUGCUAGAUCUAUUGGCGACGCCCGUAACUUCUACUAUCGCUGAAGAUAACAACGAGCAUGAAGUGACUCCUGUUCAUCUGUCUUUUGAAGAAAGAGAUUCGGGCAGUUCGAAAAGGACUCGAACUGCUAGUGGAACGUAUACGCAGAAGACAUCAAAGCGUAAUCUUUUCGGCCUAAAUCGAGGAAGUCGUCAACGUGCGCAUAGCGAAGAGAAUGGAAGUUGA